AUGUGGUUUGGAGAGAGUAAGUCCUGUUGGUCGGGGGAGAGUUAUAUCUGGAGAAUAAGACAAGGUGGUCCAGAGAGAAUAAGACCUGGUGGUCUGGAGAGAAUAAGACAAGGUGGUCCUGAGAGAAUAAGACAAGGUGGUCCUGAGAGAAUAAGACCUGGUGGCCCGGAGAGAAUAAGACGUGGAGCUCCGGAGAGAAUAAGACGUGGUGGUCCUGAGAGAAUAAGACGUGGUGGUCCGGAGAGAAUAAGAUCAGGUGGUCCGGAGAGAAUAAGACCUGGUGGCCCGGAGAGAAUAAGACGUGGAGCUCCGGAGAGAGUAAGAUCAGGUGGUCCGGAGAGAAUAAGACGUGGAGCUCCGGAAAGAGUAAGAUCAGGUGGUUCGGAGACAUGGCGACUGGUGUUUAAAGUACAUCGUAAUGACUACAUGUCGGGGUACGAGAGUGCUGCAGACUUCCUGACCACGCCUGGCGGAUCAUCAGAGACUUCAGUGUCUGUGAUGACAGACCUGUAUUCUACCGGUACACGGUAUAGAUCUACCAUCCUGGACAACUGGGGAACCACUAGGACAAUAUCGGCAGUACGCCUAGCGGUAUGGGAUAAUGAUGUGGAGAAAGCCUACUUCACGUUUAGUACUAUGGGGAAGACGUUGUCCAAUUGGAUGGACUAUUCUAAGAGUAAUGCGGAUGCUGUCACACUGUCCGUUAUGGAGUGGUAUAUGGUAUUUAAGGGGAUAGAGGGUGUCACUCCCAGUGCCGGCUCCCUUCAGAGUUCCUGGGAGGGGGAUACUGUCGAGAAUGAUGCCGUGAGUGCCGCACAAACCCUGACUACCUCCCCUAGUAGCCACUAUAAGGACGGCCUGGCUGAGAUAUGGACGGAGGAUUUCACUCUCGUUGAACAAGUGAAGUACGCGUUCUUCAAUGACGGGGAAGAGAAGGCCUAUGUUGUUUUCAAAGCUAUGGAUUCUACAAAAACGUCAUUCUUUUCAGCAGCGAAUAUCAUCGCUAGCAAGUACACAGAUUUAUCGACAUCGUCCCCUCUCUACUGCAGUAUUGCUGGAGACACCAUUCGACAUUUUACGGUGACGGACGCACACGGUAUUGGAUGUACGUCGGACUACCAUUGGAUGUUGGUAAUGGACGCUGGAGUAACCAAUAAGCCAUGUGGAUUUGACCAGGACGUCACAACUAGACCAUACUUCUUAUACAGCAGCGGCACAACCAGUGUGAAUCCGGACUCUGGAGAAUCGACCUGGAACAGUGCUGGAUUUCCUUCUGCUAAUGUGAUGGGCUUGUUCGUGAAAGGCUGGUUUCCAGUAAUGAAGGUGGCUUAUGGGCAGUCUACCUCACCCGCCAGUAGUAUAUAUUACCUGUGGAUAUCAUCAUCUAGCUCUUACAACAUCAAUGAAUUCGACUCCAGUGCGUAUUCGUUCAGUUCCGGGACCCCGAGCUAUCGGUCAAGAAUCGUUGAGAACUGGACUAGCUACUAUAUAAGUGCGGUAAGGAUAUCCUUGAUCAAGAGUGGAGCCGAAGUCGCUUUUUUUGUAUUUGAUGCUCAUGCAUCAUCUCGAACAGACUGGUUGUCUUGUUCUGACAGACUGCUAUACAGUAGCUAUAGCGACCUUAACCGCGGUAACACCUUUGAGUAUUGUUCCGUAAGUGGAGACUCAUCUAACUAUCGAAGAUUUUUCAUACACUCCUCGUACGGCGGAUGUGACGUGGACAAUGGCUGGAUGGUUGUAGCCGAGAGUAGUGGUUCGUGUACCUGGGAGUCGACAUACACCAGUCCCUAUGCCUUAUACAGUGAUACUGGUAGUACGAAAGAAGUGAAUUCUGGUACGCAUGAUUAG